CGUUCAAAUUCACGAGAUGGCUUGGCGACGUUGGAAAUGGACUAUGUACAGUAGCAUGGACUCCGCAGGCAGAAGAAGCAGGGUAAAUGGGGUAAAUGACGCGAAUGUGCACAUCGGAACCGUCCCGCACCGACGCUUGCCCAGCGUGUACGUUGCGAGUACAUAGCGUUAAUGUACCAAACAUACACGCCUCUCCUCAGCACAAGCACAUACCUCCGCCAUGGAAGUCGCAAACAUUGCCAAAUCGACAGACCGGGAAGUGACCAUGCGCCAGCCGUGCAAGAGCGGGAAUUAUAGGACAUGCGGCAACGCUUUCACCUCGGCCGAGGCUCGCACGUGGACGGAUAACGAGAAUAUGGCAACGAAGUCUUCCAUUUGAUUGGCUUCAGCACGUCUUCUGCCGCCGGCUACCGCUGUAGCGGCCGCGACCAACACGACGGCGCUCGCGAAAACGUCGACGGGAGUCCAAGGGCCGAAUCGCGACGAUUUCUUGGUGGGGUUAUGAAGUAUCCGCAGAGCCCGGCAUAACCCAGCGUAGGGCACAGAAGCCUUGAGCUUGCAUGAUAUAAGCGAUCGUCGAGAUCGUCGCCCGAGAUGUGCCCGACAGCGACGAGCAUGCAGAUGAACGCCGAUUUGGCUCCGUCUCCAGGAUAGCCAGCUGGACAGAGACAAGUGUGCACCGGUCGAGGUGUCAGUGAGAGCGUGUGGCGCACGCAGGCUGGACUAGGUCGCGGUGGUCGGUCCAGGGGCAAGCCGGAAAGCUUCUGACAAGGAGAGUACAGCAACGGCUUACCGUGCGUGAAGGAAGGAUAUCGUUGGCGCUCCAAGCAACGAGCAGGAUCGAACCGGAUGUCGCAAGAGGACGCUGAGAGUCCCGGAGAGCUCAGCGGAAGACGCAGCGUCGGAGGCCCUCGUCGCAGCGAGCUCGGCGCAGUGCGCGUCGCGCAGGGCAAUUUCAAAGCGGCGUCCGACCGGUUCCGGUCGGUCCGAAGGCCGACCCAUCUGUUGCGUAAGCAGCCUCGUCAACGAGCCGACCUCGUCGCUCUCCCUUCGAUCAUCGGCCGGCUUCACGUUCUCCAG